AUGCCUACAACUUGUGCCAUUGAAACAUGCCAACGUAAAUCAGCAGGAUUAUGUGAUUGUUGUCAUAAGAACGUUUGUUCCGUUUAUUUCAACGAACAUGUUAAUUCAAUAAAUUCUCAAGUUCAUAUUCUUGUUGAUGAACUUAAUGCUGAUAAUGAUCAACUUUCGAAAAUAAAUAUGAACGAUAUUAUUGGUAGCUGUCGUCAAAAAUUGGAUAAAUGGCGAGAUGAAUGUAAUAUCAUAAUUGAUCGAUUUUAUGAAGAAAAAUGUCAAGAAGCAGAACAACGCUGUGUUGAUAGAUUUAAUAAAGGAAAAACUGAAAUCGAACAGAUGAAAUCGAAAGCAACCGAACUCAUUAAAGAACAGGAAGCCAUACAUGAAGAUCAGUGUGAGUGUGGGGUAUGGGUUACUGGACAUAAGAAGUGCAUCCAUAACCAGACACCACGCGGACACCCACCCCACCAACCAACACUCACACCCACAUACACCCACACACACCCACAUCCACAUACACCCGCACACACACCCACACCCACCAUCUACACCGACACCCCACUCACACUCACAUGCACACCCACACCUACACCCACCCACACCCACACCCGCACCCACAUUCCACACCUCACAUCCACACCCACACCCACACCCACCCACACCCGCAUUGCUGCAGAAUUGAAAAAUAAUGGAUCUAUUCUUACAGAAAGAAGGAAGAAACAGUAGAAUAAUAUUUCUCUUCAACCAAUCAUUAAGUACUUAUUUUAAAUUACAUGCAAUAUACAUUUUAUGAAGUGUUUUAUCAAUACUCAAAAUAAGUAAUCGUCAUGAACAUGAAUGUAGGAGUCACAAGAUAAAAUAAGAGAGACGUAAAUGAAAUAGUUUAGUGAUUGCACAAUAGCAAGUAAAGCUUCCUCAAAUAAAAAAAAAGUUGUGAAGAAACAGAACAUUGCGUGAGUGAGUACCAUAACUGUUUUUAUUCAUAAAAAAAUAAAAUACACAGGUCAUUUCUUAUUGCGGUAAGAAAAAGUACUUUCGUUCUUAUCAUUUGCAACCUUUUUUUCAGUCGAAAGAUAUUGACUAGCUGAAUCUGAACUCACAUUAUGAUUUUUAUAUACAAUAACUGCUCCGAAACUGCUACUAUGGGUGGCCAAUUUAUGUUAAAAAAUUUAUAAAAUUUAAAAAUAAAUCUAAACAAAUUUAAAUUUAAAAUAAACCUAAAUUCUAACAAUUUAAAUUUAUUAUCAAUUUAAAUUAUAGUAAGUUGAAUUUAUUUUAAAUUUAAAUUGCUUGUAACUUUAAUUUUAGUAAAUUUAAGUUAAAUUGAAUUUCUCUAAUUAUCCAUAUCACUUUUUGAAACUAAAGUGUCGUAUUAUUGACAUCACUUGUAUCCACGAAGCAGCUGUUACGCUUAAUGGUAGAAAGUUACUGCUACAAGAGGGUCAUGUAAUCAGGUAACGGGUAAUAAAAAGCUGGCGGGAUUGAUAUUUUGGUUAAAGACGGCUUAUUUUCGGAAAAUCGCAGUCUCUUAUAAAACUUGACUAAAGGCUUUCGUGAUUGAUCAAUCUGAAUCUAUAGGUGGUUUGUCAAAAUUUGUGAGUGCAAUUUUUCGGUCGGAGAAGGCCUAUUCAACGAAAAUAACGGUUUUGUGUAAAGUUUCGUUGAAGGUUGUCGGAGUCAAGACAUACGAAUCUGUUGAUGGAUUGUGGAGAUUUUCGAGUUAAAGUUGUUCGGCCGGUCAAGACCACUUUUCUGUGGUUCAGCCAAGUUUUAUUUAAAAACCAUUAUUUUGCAUAAAAGCCCUUUCUUGACGAAAAGCCUUAACUCGAAAAUUUCCAGAAUCUAUAGACAGAUUUGUAUGUUUUCAAUCAGCAUCUUAUGAGUUAAAACGUCAGAAAGAAAGCACUAUCGUAGCAGUUUUGGAGCAGUUAUUGUAUAUAAAAAUCAUAAUGUGAGUUCAGAUUCAGCUAGUCAAUAUCUUUCGACUGAAAAAAAGGUUGCAAAUGAUAAGAACGAAAGUAC